AUGAGUCUCUCAGAGAAACAGAGUGAAAGAUCAGGUUCACAUGUGUCCAGCUCUGUGUCUCUGAAGAGUGACCGGUCAAAAGAGAAAGGACCAAACUUCAGUGAGAGAAAACCAUCAACUAACAAAAGUGAAAGAUCAGGUUCACAUGUGUCCAGCUCUGUGUCUCUGAAGAGUGACCGGUCAAAAGAGAAAGGACCAAACUUCAGUGAGAGAAAACCAUCAACUAACAAAAGUGAAAGAUCAGGUUCACAUGUGUCCAGCUCUGUGUCUCUGAAGAGUGACCGGUCAAAAGAGAAAGGACCAUAUUUCAGUGAGAGAAAACCAUCAACUAACAAAAGGCUUCAAUAUGAGACAUUAGACUCAGAUGUUCAGACUCACAGGAAACACAAGAGUUUCAAUGACAAACUCCGAAAGAUCUUCCAGGACCUUGAGAGCAAAAUAAUCAUGUUUCUGAUGAAAGAACUGAAAAAGUUUAAGAAAAUAUUACAAAAAGAGAACACACAACACUUUGUGAAGGACUUUAAUGAGAAUAGAUGCAGUACCAAAGCAGCAGCUCUUGAUCUCACACUACAUUACCUGAGAGAGAUGAAGCAAGAUGAAGCUGCUGAUGCUCUAGAAGAUGAGCUGCUCUUCGUUCAUCAGCUAAAAUGUGACCUAAAGAAGAAGUAUCAAUGUGUGUCUGAAGGAAUUGCGAAGCAAGGUGACUCCACACUUCUGAAUAACAUCUACACAGAUCUCUAUAUCACUCAGGGUGGCAAUGAACAGGUCAAUACUGAACAUGAGGUCAGACAGAUUGAAGUUGCUUCCAGGCGUCAUGAAUCCCAAGAGAUACAGGUUAAAUGCACACAAUUGUUUGAAGCUCCUGAACAAGGCAAGGAGAUCCGAACUGUGCUGACAAAAGGAGUCGCUGGCAUCGGAAAAUCAGUCUCUGUGCAAAAGUUUGUUCUGGACUGGGCUGAAGGAAAAGAAAAUCAAGAUAUCAGAUUCAUAUUUCCUCUUCCAUUCAGAGAGAUGAACUUAAAAGAGAAAGAAACACUAAGUUUGAUGGACCUUAUAACUCAGUUUUUCCCAGAGACAAAAGGACUGAACCUUACAAGAAGGAAUCAAUUCAAAGUCCUGUUCAUCCUUGAUGGAUUGGAUGAGUGUCGCCUUCCUCUGAAGUUUGAUUGUAAUGAGACGUGGCGUGAUGUAUCGUCACCAGCCUCUCUGGAUGUUCUCCUAACGAACCUCAUGAAGGGAAAUCUGCUUCCUUCUGCUCUCAUCUGGAUCACCACCAGACCAGCAGCUGCCAGUAAGAUUCCUCCUGACUGUAUCGACCGGCUGACAGAGAUACGAGGAUUCAGUGACGCACAAAAGAAGGAGUACUUCAAAAAAAGAUUCACGGAUCAGAAUCAGGCCAACACAAUCAUUGGUCAUGUUAAACAAUCAAAAAGUCUCUUUAUCAUGUGCCACAUCCCAGUCUUCUGCUGGAUUUCAGCCACUGUUCUCCAGAACAUUCUGGAGGAAAAAAGAAAUAAUGAUGUGAAAAUCAAUCAGGCUGAUGAGAUCUCUAAAACACAGCAGGAAUCAAACACUGAAGACACUCCCAAGACUCUGACACAAAUGUACACACACUUUCUCCGCUUUCAGAUCCAGCAGAGCCGCCGAAAGUAUGAUGGAGAAUACACACCAGAUGUUUCCUGGGAUAAAGACGCCAUCCUUUCACUGGGGAAACUGGCCUUUCAUCAGCUGGAAAGAAACAAUGUGAUCUUCUAUGACACAGACCUGGAAGCCUGUGGUAUUGACGUCUAUAAGGCAUCAGUGUACACAGGCAUGUGUACCCAGAUCUUUAAGGAGGAAACGGGGAUCACUCUUGGUACCAUGUACUGCUUUGUUCACUUGAGCAUUCAAGAGUUUAUUGCAGCCCUUUAUGCACAUCUGUUUCUAGACAUCAACAAGACAAGAGUGUUUGAUCAUGAGUCUACAGAACAGAAAAACAAAAAUGAAACCAUGAUUGAUUUUCUCAAGACUGCAGUGGACAAGGCGCUCGAGAGUGACAAUGGACACCUGGACCUUUUCCUUCGCUUCCUCCUCGGUCUGUCGCUCCAGUCCAAUCGACGACUCUUACGGGGUCUGUUAUCACAGCAAGAUGACAAUGACCAGAGCAACAAGGAAAUAGUUCAGUACAUCAAGCAGAAAUUAGAAGAUAAUCUGCCUGCAGAGAGAUCCAUCAAUCUGUUCUACUGUCUGAAUGAACUGAACGACCAAACUCUGGUGAAGGAGAUCCAGACCCACCUUAGCAAAGGAAGUCUCUCAUCUGGUGACCUUUCACCUGCCCAGUGGUCUGCUUUGGCCUUUGUGUUGUUGACAUCAGAGGAAGAGCUGGAGGAGUUUGAUCUUCAGAAAUUCCAGAAAUCAGAUGAGUGUCUCAUUAGAUUAUUGGCAGUCAUCAAAACCUCCAGAAGAGCUCUGUUGAAUAAUUGUAACUUAACAGACAAAAGCUGUUCAGCUCUGGCUACAGUUCUGGGAUCAGAUACUAAUCUGAAAGAGCUGAACAUGAAUUAUAAUAAACUGCAGGAUUCAGGAGUGAAGCAGCUCUGCGCUGGACUGAAGAAUAUAAAGUGUAAAUUGGAGAUAUUGAGGUUAAGCCGCUGUGAUAUGACAGAUGAAGGUUGUUCUGCUCUGACUUCAGCUCUGAAAUCAAACCCAUCACACCUGAGAGAGCUGAACCUGAGCAUGAAUAAACUAGGAGACUCUGGAGUGAAAAACCUCAGUGAUCUACUGAUGAACCCACAAUCCAAGCUGGAGAAACUAGAUCUGUGUGAUUGCAGUAUUACAGAGGAACAGUGUCUCAUCCUGACUUCAGCUCUGAAAUCAAACCCAUCACACCUGAGAGAGCUGAACCUGAGCUAUAAUAAACUAGGAGACUCUGGAGUGAAAAACCUCAGUGAUCUACUGAUGAACCCACAAUCCAAGCUGGAGAAACUAUAUCUACAGCGGUGUGGCAUUAGAGAUGUUUCUUCUUUAACUCAGUCUUUGACUAAAUCAAAAGCACUGCAGUUUUUAAAAUAUCUUGAUCUGAGUAUCAAUACGAUCGGAAACUCAAAGCAGCGGCUCCGUGACGUGCUACGAGACUCAAACUGUGUCCUGAGUGUAUUUUAAUCACCAAACAUCCCUGAUGGAUCGUUUACAUCAGUUUAAAUCUGUGAAAUGAUCAUGAGAGGAUCAGUGACCAUCAGAUGAUCCACAGAAGAGUCUCUACUGCGUCUAUUAGGAGAAAUAAAUGUGUGAUUAAUGUGUAAAUGUGUUUCAUACAGGUGGAAGAGACUCAGAUUUACAGUUAAAUAAAGCAGCAUGUGUGUUAGCAUGAGUAUCAGAAACAUGUGAUAUUGAAUGAUUAAUGUUGCUUUAAUAUUCAGAUGAUGGUUUUGUGUUAUUUAAAGGAGGAACAGGAGGAAGAAGCUCAGAUGAGUCUGUCAGCAGAAAUCUUCAGUAUCAGGCCUACAAAUAUAAUAAUGUUUGGAUUAAACUCAUCCAUAAUGAUUAAAUUAAUCAUAAAUGUGAUUGUCAAGUAUAGCAUGUAAAUGAUAUAGAUUCAUUUAUUUGGUCCAUCUAAACAUUUUUACCAGUUAACAUCAUUUUGUUCCUUCACUUGCUCUGGUCUAGAAAGUCUAAUGCUUUUUGAUUAGAAAUUAUAAUCUUCUCUUUCACCACAUUUACAGUCGCAUGUAAAUAAAAUAAUAUAAUAUACAGUUAAGAGCAACUAUUUUUGUGUGAAAAGUUCACUUUAUUGAAUCUCCAUAAGCAGAUGCAGAGAUUCUCCUGCUGAACCCUCAUGUGCUGUUGUGGGUCAAUUUGACCCGUUUUGAUUUUUGAGUUUUUGGAUGUUACGUCCAUAGGGACGUAGGAAUUUAUCUUAUUUAUUUCUUUUUUGCUAUGAAAAAUUCUUUUUUUUAUGAAUUGUAUCUUUUUUGUUUGUUUUCUCCAUGUGUGCUCUGUGUUUUUCCUAUGCUGCUCUUGCUCCUCCUACUGUCUGCCUGACAGGCUCAUGAGCGCCACCUGAAUCCUGCUGCAGCUCGUUAGGUGGAGUACAAAUGAAUCUGAAGACUUCCGGUCCAGGAGAGAGACUGAGGCUUCCUCUGAGAGAUGCUGCCAUCGUCUGGUCCCAGCGCUGUUCUUUUGUGUAUAUUGUUUUGCCUGUAGUGUUCAGGUAAAGAGCUGUGAAGUGUUUCAGCUAACGGGUGUAUUUAAGUGGGCUUCAGUUGUCUGGUUUACCUGAGCUGUCUAGUGUUUCAGCUAAUUUUUGCAAUCCUGAGACUUGAGUGUAAUCUGAGCAGUACUGAGUUUUUCAGUUAAUUUAAGAGUUAUUUGUUAACAUCAGUUAUUCUAUUGUGUUGCUUUAAUUUUCUUGUUACUCUAAAUCUUUUCUUUCUAGUUCUGUAGGGAGUUGGAUGCCUUUAUUUUAUUAAAGAAUCAUUUUCUCCUGUUUAUGCAGAAAGGGAGUUAGGGAAUUGUUUGUAUUUUUAUUUCAUUUUCUUUUGGUAGGUAAGUUAUCCCUUCACUUUAAGAGUAAUUUAGUUUAUUUUGGCCUCUCCCCUCCUGAAGUCUCUUUGUUAAUUCCUACCAUUUGUUUAAUAAAUCUUGUUAUUUUUGAA